AUUGCCCUUUGGUCUGAUGGAUGUCAUGUCGGUAACGAUGAGUUAAAUUCUUCAUGUACAGACGCAGUAUCUACAAAAUUUCGUGCAAAAUACUAAAAGGUUUUCUCGUGGUCAUUUCUCUUCAUUAAAGAGUGAUUUUUGUAUGACAUUUGGAAGAAAUUUGUUAACUGCUACGUGACAUCGGCCGUAUUCUUACCUUCGAGUUGUAUUAACAGAGAGUAUCGUUGAUAGAUCAAAUUCAAGUAUGACGAGCUCUGCAUCAGAUACAGAAGACGAAUUCAUCGAAAUGAAGAUUGACAAAGGCUCGAAAGAUGCCAACGUCGCCUCACCUGCGGAGUUUGUGAAACGUUUUGGUGGUGACACUGUCAUUGAAAAGGUAUUGAUCGCAAACAAUGGUAUCGCUGCUGUCAAAUGCAUGCGUUCCAUACGACGCUGGUGCUAUGGCCUGUUUGGCAACGAACACGCCAUACGGUUUGUUGCUAUGGUCACGCCAGAAGAUCUUAAGGCCAACGCAGAGUACAUCAAGCUAGCCGAUCAUUAUGUCCACGUACCUGGGGGCACUAACAACAAUAAUUAUGCUAAUGUUGACGUUAUAUUAGACAUAGCAAAGAGGAUUCCCGUACAGGCUGUGUGGGCUGGUUGGGGUCAUGCUUCUGAAAAUCCUCUUCUUCCUGAUGUGUUGUCAAAGAAUGGUAUCAUGUUUAUGGGACCUCCGGCUGGAGCGAUGUGGGCUCUGGGAGAUAAAAUUGCCUCAUCCAUCGUUGCUCAAUCCCUUAAUAUACCUACUUUAGACUGGAGCGGAUCGGGUGUUACCAUUGACUUGAAUGCGACUGCAGAUAAUAUGGAAUCUGGAGAUCUUGUAAGUGAAGAACUGUACGAGAAGUGCUGCGUUAAAGAAGCCAGUGUUGGCUUAAAGAUCGCAAAGCGUAUUGGGUACCCUGUAAUGAUCAAGGCUUCCGAAGGUGGCGGCGGGAAGGGAAUACGAAAGGCUCGUAACGAUGACGAAUUUUGCAAUUUCUUUCGACAGGUUCAAACGGAAGUUCCCGGUUCUCCAAUAUUUGUAAUGAAGGUGGCUUCGAGAGCAAGACAUUUGGAAGUUCAAAUAUUGGCAGAUCGUUCAGGAGAAGCCAUUUCCUUGUUCGGUCGAGAUUGUUCUGUACAAAGACGACAUCAAAAGAUCAUCGAAGAAGCUCCUGUUGUUAUUGGUCCACCUGACAUUUUACGAAGAAUGGAAAAGGAUGCAGUUAAGCUUGCAAAACUCGUGAAAUAUGUUAGCGCUGGAACUGUGGAAUAUCUAUACACACCUGAUGAUAAGAAGUAUUAUUUUCUUGAAUUGAAUCCACGAUUACAGGUUGAACAUCCUUGUACCGAAAUGAUCGCUGACAUCAAUUUACCGGCGGCUCAGUUACAGAUUGCCAUGGGUAUUUCAUUGGAUAAGAUCAAAGACAUACGUAGUCUGUAUGGAAAGAGAGAUUAUGAAACAACUCCUAUAAAGUUUGCCAAACCUUUGAUUGAACCCAAACCCAAAGGUCAUGUUAUUGCCGCCAGAAUCACAGCAGAAAAUCCUGACGAGGGAUUUAAGCCAAACAGUGGCACAGUUCAAGAGUUAAACUUUCGAAGCAGUUCGUCCGUGUGGGGAUAUUUCAGUGUUGCGCCGGAAGGAGCCUUGCACGAGUAUGCCGAUUCUCAGUUUGGACAUUGCUUUGCGUGGGGCGAAGAUAGAGAUCGCGCGAGAAGGAACAUGGUUAUGGCUUUGAAAGAAAUAUCCAUCCGCGGUGAUUUUCGCACAACCGUUGAAUAUCUUGUUAAGUUAUUGGAGGAAGAUAGAUUUCAAGAAAACACAUUCGAUACCACUUGGCUUGACCAUUUAAUUGCGGAGAAAGUACAGGCAGAAAAACCGGACAUCAUACUUGCUGUUAUCUGUGGCUCAAUUCAUGUUGCAGACUCACACAUUAGCAAACGUUUUCAAAGCUUUCAAAAUGGUUUAGAGCGGGGUCAGAUCUUACCUGCUCACAUGUUGAAGAAUACUGAAUGUGUGGAGUUGAUUUACGAGAACACAAAGUAUUGCGUUAAGGUUUCGAAAAUUGGUCAAAAUGUAUAUUUUCUUGAAAUGAAUGACUCGACUGUCGAAGUAGACGUUCACAAAUUAAGCGAUGGUGGCUUAUUGAUCUGUGUUGAUGGUAAUUGUUACACGACAUAUAUGAAAGAAGAAAUAGACAGAUACCGAGUGACUAUCACAGGGAAAACUUGCGUGUUUCAGAAACAAAACGAUCCCUCAAAAUUACGGUCGCCAUCGGCCGGCAAACUCAUCUGUUACACGAUCGAAGAUGGCGGACAUGUUUUCCAGGGGGGAACCUAUGCCGAAAUCGAGGUGAUGAAAAUGGUGAUGCCGUUGACGGUGUCCGAAAGUGGAUGUGUUCAUUUCAUAAAGUGUCCUAACGCCGUUCUUGAUCCUGGUACUGUUGUCGCGAGUUUAGAGCUUGAUGAUCCAAACAGAGUUACGCAGGCUCAAGUUUACGAAAGUCCGUUUCCUGUAAUGACAGGACCUUCGGUGAAAGGAGAAAAAAUUCACCAGGUUUUUCAAAAUGCUCGCGACAAUCUUCUACAAAUUAUGAAAGGUUAUUCUGCUGACGAACCACAUUACACCAAGUUUCUCAAUAAUAAUGUCGAUCUUUUGAUGAAGACCCUAAAGGAUCCUAGGUUACCUCUCAUGGAACUAAAGGAGCAUCUUUCGUCAUUGUCUGGUCGAAUACCUGAGAAAGUAGAAGAAGAGAUUCAUCGCUUAUUGACAAACUACGCCAGCAAUAUUACAUCUGUACUCUGUCAGUUUCCCAGUCAGCAGAUUGCUAAUGUGGUCGACGCAUAUGCUGCAACGCUGGCGAAGAGAGCUGACCGAGAGGCAUUUUUUCUGAGCACUCAAAGCGUUGUUCAACUUGUACAGCGAUAUCGAAAUGGUUGUCGAGGUCAUAUGAAGUCCGUCAUAGUUUCGCUACUUCGUCAAUAUCUUCAAGUUGAAAGCCUCUUCUCUCAAGGCAAUUUUGAUAAAUGUGUUCUCGCCAUAAGAGAACUUAACAAGGAAAAAGACAUCAUGUCUGUUGUAGCUAACGUUUUUUCUCAUGCUAAUGUUGCCAAGAAAAACGUUCUGGUUGUCAAGCUCAUUGAUGUUGUUGGCAAGGAACAUAGUCUUGAAGGUGAUUUAUUGACUACCGUUCAAGAACUGACCUCCUUAGUGAGACAAGAGCAUGCAAAAGUAGCUUUAAAAGCCAGACAGGUUCUAAUCCAAAGCCAGCAACCGUCAUACGAAUUACGCCACAAUCAAUUUGAGUCCAUGUUUCUCUCUGCAAUCAGUUAUGGUAAUCAAUUUUCUCCAGAUGUUCUUCAGAAACUGAUCAACUCCGAGACUGCCAUAUUUGAUGUUUUACCGUCCUUCUUUUACCACAGCAUCCAACAUGUCCGCAUGGCUGCGUUAGAGGUUUACAUUAGACGAAGCUAUGAAGCUUACGAAUUAACCACUUUACAACAUGAACUACUCGACGAUAAAACCAUAAUUACACAGUUCAAGUUUAUUUUGCCUGCUUCGCAUCCAAACAGACUUUCUCGAAGCUCGUCUCUAAAUAAAUCACACAUCAGUCAUUCUAUCAAAGGUCUUCAAUCCAUGACGAGAGUGUACAGUUUAAGUGAAGAGUUACAUGAACUGGCAUUAUAUUCAGGCAAUCAUGAUCCUUGUGAGAGAACUGGUUUGAUGGCUGCCUUCAACACAUUCGAUGAUUUCCAAAGAAACUUCUCCAAACUGAUGUCUCGUUUUGAAAGUCGUGAGAAAAUGAAGAACAGCAGCAGUUUUCCUGGUAAUAAUAAAAACACUAACGACAAAGGCAAAAACGUGAAACGUAACUCCUCUCUGAGUUCGUCCUCCAGCGGUUCAUCUUUUCAAGCACUUUGUGAAACUAAAGAACAGCCUGAUGAGCAGAAGAAAAACAAAGAGGAAGAACCCGCACACAUCAUUAAUAUAGCUUUGCCUAAGGUUGGCGUUGGUAUAAAUGUGACAGAUUGUAGUUCAAGAUUAAAAACGUUCUUGGAAAGCAAGAGAGCUUUAUUUGUAGAAAAAGGGAUUCGUCGUAUAACAUUUCUUGUCACUGAUUGCAAGGGCAGCUCUCCUUGGUAUUUCACUCAUCGUGCGUCGUCUAACUUUAUGGAAGAUACAAUUUACCGUCAUCUUGAGCCCGCGUUGGCUUUUCAGCUGGAACUGAACCGUUUGAGAAAUUUCGAUUUGGAAUCUGUUCCAACUACAAAUCACAGCAUUCAUUUGUAUUUUGCCUCGGCGAAAAAGAUUUCAGCUAAUGCCGAAGUCACAGAUCAUCGAUUUUUCGUGCGAACCAUUGUCAGACAUGCAGACUUCGUAACCAAGGAAGCUUCAUUUGAAUACUUGGAGAAAGAGAGUGAAAUUCAAUGUCUGGAAACUUUGGAUCAACUUGAAAUUGCCUUUGAACAAUCCCCUAAGCGGACUGAUUGCAAUCAUCUGUUUCUCAAUUUUGUUCCUUGUAUUGUGAUAGAGCCGCAUCGCAUGGAAGAAAGUAUUCGAUCCAUCGUUAUUCGCUAUGGUAAAAGAUUAUGGCGAUUACGGGUGUUGCAGGCCGAAAUGAAAAUGAAUAUCAGAUUAACUCCGAAUGGUAAAAAAAUUCCUCUUCGAGUUUAUUUGUCUAACGAAUCGGGAUAUUAUCUUGAUGUCAGUAUUUAUAGAGAGGUUGAAGAUCAACGCAGCGGGCAGAUAAUCUUGGAAUCGUACGGUAUUAAACAAGGUCCUUUACACGGUCUGCAAGUGAACUCACCCUAUGUGACGAAAGAUAGGCUACAGUUGAAGCGUUUUACUGCUCAAAAUCAAGGAACCACGUACGUCUACGACAUUCCCGAGUUAUUUAAACAGGCUGUUUUAAAAUAUUGGAAACAAUGGUCCAAAGAACAUCGAGAGGACAUCAACUUAAAACGAGAUGUGGUGGAAGCUAGUGAAUACGUCUUAAAGGAAGAUGGUCAACUUCAUCAAGUGAAUCGAUUGGCAGGAGAGAACAAUAUAGGUGUUGUUGCUUGGCGUAUGGCAUUAAUAACACCCGAAUAUCCUGAGGGACGGGAGAUAAUAGUUGUUGCAAAUGACAUCACUCACGUCAUUGGUUCGUUUGCCGUUCAAGAAGAUAAUGUUUUCGAACGCGGCUUGCAGUUGGCCCUAAAGGAUGGUAUUCCUUUUAUCUAUGUGUCAGCGAAUAGCGGUGCUCGACUUGGCCUUGCUGAGGAUUUAAAACUUCAGUUCAAGGUCGCUUGGGAAGACUCAAAUGCUCCUCAGAAAGGAUUCAAGUAUCUUUAUCUGACAACAAAUGAUUUCAAAAAGUUUAGUGCUUCAAAUUCUGUCCGUGCUGAAGCGAUGGAAGAGAACGAAGAAUCCAGAUAUAAAAUCACCGACAUUAUUGGUCGAGAAGAACCAAUUGGCGUGGAGAAUCUUCGUGGUUCUGGGAUGAUUGCUGGUCGAAUGUCUAAAGCCUACGACAAAAUAGUCACGAUGAGUUUGGUAACUUGCCGAGCUGUUGGUAUCGGAUCUUACUUACUAAGACUUGGUCAACGAAUUAUUCAAGUUGAAAACUCGCAUAUUAUUUUGACUGGCUACCAAGCGUUGAAUAAGCUAUUAGGACGGCAAGUUUACACAUCAAAUUUACAAUUAGGAGGACCAUCAGUUAUGUACAACAACGGUACAUCUCAUCUGUUGGUCCCUGAUGAUCUAAGUGGCCUCUUCACUAUCAUUCAAUGGCUUUCCUUCAUUCCUCGUUGUAAAAAUGCUCCCCUUCCGAUCACGAAGAUCGUGGAUCCUGUUGAACGAGAUGUUGAUUUCGUUCCAACGAGAGUGUGCGAUCCCAGACAUAUGGUUGCUGGCACAACCGAGAACGGUAAAUGGGUGAGUGGAUUUUUCGACAAAAAUUCUUUCAUUGAAACUCUGGGCGGUUGGGCUAAGACGGUGGUUUGUGGAAGAGCAAGGUUAGGUGGAAUACCAAUGGGUGUUAUUACUGUUGAAACUCGCGCAGUUGAAGUGACGAUACCCGCUGAUCCUGGUAACCCAAGCUCGGAGGCUCAAGUUUUUACCCAAGCUGGCCAGGUGUGGUACCCAGAUUCUGCGUUUAAGACGGCACAAUGCAUUAACGACUUUAAUCGAGAGCAACUGCCAUUGAUCAUCUUUGCUAACUGGCGAGGAUUUUCCGGAGGACUUAAAGAUAUGUAUGAAGAGGUGUUAAAGUACGGUUCGCUCAUUGUCGAUGCUCUGCGCAAAUAUCUACAACCUGUCUUUGUUUAUAUCCCAUGUAACGCUGAGUUACGUGGUGGAGCGUGGGUAGUUCUGGAUACAACUAUCAAUCCACAAAUGAUGGAAAUGUAUGCGGACGAAGAGUCAAGGGGCGGAAUAUUGGAGCCUACUGGCGCUGUUGAGAUCAAGUUUCGACGAAAGGAUCUCGUUAAAACAAUGAGGCGUCUAGAUGAUACUUACAGCAAAUUGAAUCAGAAACUGGCAGCGCCAGAUUUAACAGCUAAUGACAGGAAGGCUCUGGAAAAGAAGUUAAAAGAACGAGAAGAGUUAUUAAUGCCAGUUUAUCAACAGGUUGCGGUAACUUUCGCGGAUCUUCACGAUACAGCAGGCAGAAUGCACGAAAAAGGAGUGAUAUCGGAAGUACUUAAGUGGAAGCAUUCGAGAAAGUUUUUCUACUGGAGACUUCGUCGUUUAUUGCUUGAAAAGAGCGUGAAGGAAAAACUUGGCCAAUGUAACAAAGAUCUCUCCGAUGGUCAAUUAUCGUCAAUGUUGGAGAGACUUUUUCUUGAAGAUCACGGAACUGUUAAGUCAUAUCUUUGGAAUGACAACGAAGUCGUCGUAAAAUGGUUUGAAAGUGACAUGGCAAAAGAAGAAGGAUCUGUUAUUGCAGAGAAUAUUAAAUGGAUUAAACGUGAUUCGGUGUUGAGACAGAUAAAAUCGUUGGUUCAAGAGAAUGGCGAUGUUGCAAUGGACUCCAUAAUUCAUAUUACCCAACAAAUGUCACAAACCAAGCGUGCGGAAGUUGCCAGAAUAUUGGAAGCCUUUGACGCUGCUAAACCAUCCAACGGUAGUGCUACCGAUAAUUUAUCGGAGUAGUAAAACUUUCAACAUUUUUUACAUUUUUCAUAAUCUGAUGACGUCUAUAUCUUAACCUUAACACAUCAAUACAAACUUCUUGUACUAAGAAUUUUUCCCUAUAACCACACAAUUUCUUAUAUUGGAGAAACUUCAACGCACAUACUAUGUUACAUAAGUAUUUAGUCGCUAAUGCCACGAAUUAACAAAAACAAUAUUUAUUUAAUAAGUUAAAUGAAAUGAAAUUUCGCAGGUUAAAUUAUUUCAACUCGAAUGAGGUAUUCCAGUUCAAAAAAAGAAUUCGCUCAAUAGA